UUUAAAAUGUGUGGGAUGGAAACACUAUGCUUAUGCAUAGUGUUAUGAGUCUUAUAUCCUUGAUUUUCACUAUUCAUAAGGAAUUUUCCCUACAUCCCUUCCCUUUGUUUGCUCUAUGCUAUUUGCUAAGCCACCCAAGGUUCAAACCUUGAUUCAAGCAUUUUCCCAAAUUCCUUUUCCUUUCUUUAUUUUUCCUUCUUUAUUUCCUGCUUUCUUAAUUUACUGGCGGUUCUCUUUUCUUUCUGUUUCUUCCUUCCAUUUUUCUCUCCUCUGUUUCCCCUUUUGCCUCACCUUCUCCGCCUGUGUCUCCUUCUUCGCUUUGCUCCCUUUGAUCCAGCUUGUUGCUUCUUCGCAGUUCGUCUUAUCUUGUGCGGCGGCGCUAUUCUUCUACGACGAUCGGAACUCUUCCAGCCUGUGGGAAGCAUUGAAUUCAUUACCUGACGCAAUUGAAUUGGCAGGACAGGUGUUGCAAGCAUCAUUGCUCGGUUUGGUUCCGAGUGUUUCCGGCUAUCCUUGCUUUGCCUCUUGAGUGCGUUAGGGAACUGAACAUUUGGAAAUAGGUAGCGUGCCAACUUAUGUGAUGAAUCAAUUCUUGAGUAGUUCGUAUGUAAGCCGUCCAAGAUGCAGCAAGCGCAUGAGGAGUGUGCAGGCCAUGGCUGAGCCUACAGGUUCAUGCAGUAUCCGCUCUUAUUCCCAUUUGGAGAUUGUGGAUGGCAUCAAGGGCUUAAAAAGAUGUCAACGGGUGGGCAACAACAGCUUGCCACUCAUCAGGAUCCUGUCUUAUCGUGUGCUGUCCACACUGUUGAAGACUUCUUGGCUCAAGAAGAUAACCUUGCUCAUCAAGGUCGGGAAGGAUCAGCUAAGCAUAUCUCUUGCAGAGAGUAUUAUGCUUAUAAGCUUCAGAUACGCCCUUGUAACAUGCUGCUAAGGGCAGGGAGGUGCUUCCAACAGUACAUUGUUGACAUUUACGUGAAGAUUGAAAACACUCGCUUGGACUUUUUCCGAAAGAACCAGCAAACUAUCAGGGCAGAUUUGUACCAAGGUAUACUCGACACUGUCGAGAGCGGUGAAAACAGUGCAGCUAAUGUGGGGCAUCGAGUUGUGUUACCACCAAGUUUUCUGGGGGGGCCUAGGGAUAUGAAAAAGAGGUAUUUGAAUGCGAUGUCCUUAGUUAAGAAGUAUGGGAAGCCUGAUUUGUUCCUUACAAUGACGUGCAAUCCUAAUUGGCCAGAGAUUAAACAAGAGUUGGCUGUCGGAGAGGAGGCACAAAACCGGCCAGAUUUAGUUUCAAGGAUUUUCCGUGCUAAACUGAUAGCGCUAAAACACCAUAUCAUGAAAAAAAAAAAAAUUGGUGAAGUUGCUGCUAUGAUAUAUGUUGUUGAGUUCCAGAAACGGGGGUUGCCGCACGCUCAUUUCCUUGUUAUCCUUAAACCCAAUUCUAAGAUUAGAAGCCCUGCUGACUUUGAUAAGUUUGUUUCUGCUGAGAUCCCUCCUCUUGCCAACCCUCACUUGAGGAAGAUUGUUCUUCAACACAUGAUGCAUGGCCCAUGUGGACAACUGAACCCUGAUUGUGCGUGCAUGAAACGGAAAGGUAAUGAGGGGCACUGCAAGUAUGGAUAUCCGAAAAAAUUUGCUGCCGAGACAACUAACAGCAGCGAUGGAUACCCACUUUAUAAAAGGAUAGAUACUGGAGAAAGUGUUUGUAUUCGCAGGGUUAAUAUGGAUAACAGGUCAGUUAUUCCGUAUAACCCGUACCUAUCAUCACUUUUUGAUUGCCACUUAAACGUUGAGGUUUGUUCGACCAUAAUGGCAGUCAAAUACCUGUACAAAUAUGUGUACAAGGGCCAUGACAGGAUCUCAUUCAACGUGCAGGAUGGUAGCACUGCUAUUGUUGAUGAGAUACAACAGUACCAGGCUGGGAGGUGGGUUUCCCCGUGUGAGGCAGCAUGGAGAAUUUUCGGGUUCGAUCUGUUUGAGAUGUUUCCAUCGGUGUUGCCUCUGCAAAUACAUCUGCCUAACUUGCAGACAAUCCAGGUAAUGCCUCAUGAGAAUUUAGACGAGAUCAUUUUAAAUGAUAAAAGAUCUCGAACUCAACUUACAGAAUUCUUUAGGAUGAAUGCUGCCACACCUGAUGGAACGGGCUAUACAUAUGCAGAAUUUCCAGAGCAUUAUAAGUGGGAGGGUAAAGAAUGGAAAAAAAGAAGCAACAAGACCGUUGUUGUUGGCAGGCUCACUUUUGUAGCACCUGCUGAAGGGAAACGUUACUUCCUCAGAUUAUUACUGAUGCAUGUGGAUAGCCCGCGAUCCUUUGAUCAUCUCCGAACUGUUGAUGGAUAUAAGUGUGCCACUUUUCAGGAGACAGCUCUGCGGCUGAAAUUGCUAGAGGAAGACAACGCUGUCGACUUGUGCUUAGCUGAAGCGUGUGAAGUGCAAAUGCCGACUGCAUUCCGACAGCUCUUUUCAACAGUGCUGAUCUUCUGCCAGCCAAGUGACCCCAAUGCCCUCUGGUUAAAAUACUACGACGCUCUCUCUGAAGAUUAUAGGCACCAGUAUCCGAGUUCUGAUAGCAGGUCAAGGGAGCUCACUGUUAGAUCUGUUGAGCAAUCUCUUGAAGCAAUGGGGAAAUCAUUUAGAGACUUUGGCCUACAACAUUUAAAUGAUUUUCAAGAUGAAGAGUUCAGGCGAACAAAAGACAUUAUCGAUGCACUUGAUGCACCGAUACCUCGGGACUGUAUUGAUGCCCGUAACACAUUAAACCAAGCACAGCAGGAGGCAUUUGACAGCAUUAUUGACCACGUUCUUAAAGGGAAACCUGGUGCAUUCUUCAUAGACGGGCCCGGAGGAACAGGUAAAACCUUCCUAUACAAUGCUCUCUAUGCAGAGGUUCGUUUGAUGAACAAGAUUGUCCUACCAACUGCGACAUCUGGAAUUGCAGCAUCAAAUAUACCUUCUGGGAGGACUGCUCACUCUCGGUUUAAAAUACCGAUAGAUUCUGAUGCUUCCCUUGCUUGCGAUGUUCCUAAACAGGGCAGUCUUGCAUGUUUACUAAAAGAGACAUCGUUGAUUAUUUGGGACGAAGCUUCAAUGGCAAGGAAAGAAAAUGUUGAGUCAUUAGACAUGCUUCUACGAGACUUGUGUGAUGAGAAUACCCUUUUUGGUGGCAAGCUUGUGGUUUUUGGUGGCGACUUCCGUCAGGUCCUGCCCGUCCUACCCCGCAAAACACAGCGAGAAGCUGUUGCUGCUAGCUUAGUGAGUUCUGUUCUUUGGCCUCGGUUCAUUAGGUUCAAUCUCACUGAAAAUGUUCGGGCAAGAGAAGAUCCCUACUUUUCUGCGUUUUUGCUUUCUCUUGGAAAUGGUGAGCUGCAAACCGGCGAGAAUGACCUUGUGCAAUUGCCAAUGCAGAUAGUACACCCAUCUGUGGUCGCUUCUGAUCCUAUUGCCGAACUUACUGCAAUUGCAUUUCCCGAGGUAGAUGUUUCCAGGUCCACCCCAGGAAAUUUCACAACAACGGCUAUACUGACCCCCCUGAAUGAAGAUGUUGAUGAUAUCAAUGCUACCCUGAUAGACAAAUUCCCUGGAGAAUCUGUUAUGUACAGGAGUUUUGAUACAGUUCUUGAUGAUAAUAGCGCGAUCUAUCCUCCUGAAUUUAUACACACCCUCUGCCUAGGUGGAAUGAGCCCAUACAAGCUCGUCUUAAAGAAAAAUUGUCCAGUUCUUCUGCUUCGCAAUAUCCUGCCUUCGUCUGGCCUGUGCAAUGGGACACGUAUGAUAUGCAAGAAUUUCUACCCGAAUCUGAUUGAAUGCAUGAUCACGACUGGGCAGCACAGCGGAAGCCAUGUUUUUAUACCCCGAAUUAGGCUUCGGCCGUCUGCAUCUUCCAAUUAUCCUUUCCAAUUUCAGAGGAAACAAUUCCCUAUAAAACUAAGCUUUGCAAUGACGAUAAACAAGUCACAAGGGCAAACACUAAGCCAAGUCUCCAUCUAUCUUCCCCAGCCGUGUUUCUCCCAUGGUCAGCUUUAUGUGGCACUGUCUCGUGCUAGAAAAGCAUGUAACGUCAAAGUUGUUUCAAAACAAUCUCCGGGACACCAACCUGAGCACCAUGUUAGAAAUGUCAUCUCUUAUGAUGUGCUCAGAUUAGCCGCUUGCUUUGUUAUUAUUCUUGUACGGCUUACUGUAACCAAACAUGUUCAUGCCAUGCAGUUGUUGCUCCUUUUUGUGCCUUUUGAUCAAGAAAUUUUUGGUGUUCAUAUAUGCCAAGUGAGGGCUCUGAUAGCUCAUACAACCUCAUAUUAUUCUUUCUUAUUUUGUGAGUCCCUUUGUGUUCUACUCUCAUUAUUAAAGCACCUAAGCUCAAGCGAUUGGGUGACACUAAAACCAGUGUUAUUAGGUCGUUUAAAUGCAAGUCCUUAA